UUCGCCUCCCGGCUCCGCUUCCCAUCACGCCCCCUGCUCCUCCCCGGCGUCUGCGAUUUUUCCAGGCGCCCAGUGUGAGUGAGGCGUGCGUGUGAGUCUGUGUCAGGGUAUUGUGUUGUGGGAGUGUGUGUGUGUGUGUGUGUGUGUGUGUGUGUGUGUGCAUGAGUGUGGGGUGUGCGGGGCUCCUGCGCUCCGCUCACGGCCGCCGCCGGGGAAAGACGGACGGACUGCGCUUCCCUCUUCCGCGAGCGGUUCCCGGGCACCUCGGCUCGGCUGGGGAGCGAGCGGAGCGCUCCCGGCUGGCCGCCGGCCUCCAGAAGGUCCCGCUGCGUCCCCCCUGGGCUGGAUAUGUUCAUGUUCACGUGAAGAUGGAUUUAGUGUACGGUCUCGUGUGGCUGCUGACAGUCCUCCUGGAGGGGAUCUCUGGCCAAGGAGUGUACGCUCCCCCCACGGUUCGUAUUGUGCAUUCAGGCUUGGCCUGUAACAUUGAGGAGGAGCGCUAUUCAGAAAGGGUCUACACUAUACGGGAAGGAGAAACCCUGGAAUUGACCUGUCUGGUCACAGGACAUCCACGUCCACAGAUCAGGUGGACCAAAACAGCAGGAAGUGCCUCUGACAGAUUCCAAGACUCAAGUGUCUUCAACGAGACUUUGAGGAUUACAAAUAUUCAGCGACACCAAGGAGGCCGGUAUUACUGUAAAGCAGAGAAUGGCCUGGGGUCCCCAGCUAUAAAGUCAAUCAGAGUGGAUGUGUACUAUUUGGAUGAUCCAGUAGUAACUGUUCAUCAAAGUAUAGGUGAAGCUAAAGAACAAUUUUACUAUGAGAGAACAGUGUUCCUCCGGUGUGUUGCCAAUUCCAAUCCACCUGUUCGGUACAGCUGGAGACGUGGCCAGGAGGUGUUACUACAAGGAUCUGAUAAAGGAGUUGAGAUUUAUGAACCCUUCUUUACCCAGGGUGAAACAAAGAUAUUAAAACUAAAGAAUCUUCGACCUCAGGACUAUGCUAAUUAUAGCUGCAUUGCUUCAGUGAGGAAUGUAUGUAAUAUUCCUGAUAAGAUGGUGUCAUUUAGACUUUCCAAUAAAACAGCAUCUCCGUCAAUUAAACUCUUGGUGGAUGACCCUAUAGUUGUAAAUCCUGGAGAGGCCAUAACAUUAGUAUGUGUUACGACAGGAGGAGAGCCUGUACCCUCUCUCACCUGGGUCAGGUCCUUUGGGACUCUGCCUGAAAAGACUGUUUUGAAUGGAGGAACUUUAACCAUACCUGCCAUCACCUCAGAAGAUGCUGGUACUUACAGCUGCAUUGCCAAUAAUAAUGUGGGAAACCCUGCAAAAAAGUCUACCAACAUCAUUGUGAGAGCAUUAAAAAAAGGACGAUUUUGGAUCACACCAGAUCCUUAUCACAAAGAUGACAACAUCCAGAUUGGGCGUGAGGUGAAAAUAUCUUGCCAAGUAGAAGCUGUUCCUUCUGAGGAGUUAACAUUUAGUUGGUUUAAAAAUGGUCGUCCAUUAAGAAGUUCUGAACGGAUGGUUAUUACGCAGACUGAUCCGGAUGUCUCCCCGGGAACGACAAACUUGGACAUCAUUGAUUUAAAAUUCACGGAUUUUGGGACAUACACAUGUGUAGCAUCUCUGAAGGGAGGAGGAAUAUCUGAUAUCAGUAUUGAUGUUAAUAUAUCCAGCAGCACAGUUCCACCCAAUCUGACUGUUCCACAGGAAAAAUCACCUUUGGUCACCAGAGAAGGAGACACAAUAGAACUGCAGUGUCAAGUAACUGGAAAACCUAAACCCAUCAUCCUUUGGUCUAGAGCGGAUAAAGAAGUUGCAAUGCCUGAUGGGUCAAUGCAAAUGGAGAGUUAUGAUGGAACACUGAGGAUUGUGAAUGUAUCUAGGGAAAUGUCAGGAAUGUACCGAUGUCAGACCAGCCAGUACAAUGGAUUUAACGUGAAACCAAGAGAAGCCUUGGUGCAGCUCAUCGUGCAGUAUCCUCCUGCUGUGGAACCAGCAUUCCUGGAAAUCCGGCAAGGACAAGACCGCAGUGUCACUAUGAGCUGCAGGGUCCUGAGAGCCUAUCCAAUACGGGUGCUGACCUAUGAGUGGCGCUUGGGAAACAAAUUAUUACGGACAGGUCAAUUUGACUCUCAAGAAUACACAGAGUACCCCGUGAAGAGUCUUUCCAACGAAAACUAUGGAGUUUAUAAUUGUAGCAUCAUAAAUGAAGCUGGAGCAGGGAGAUGCAGCUUUCUUGUUACAGGAAAAGCCUAUGCUCCAGAAUUCUAUUACGAUACCUAUAAUCCUGUGUGGCAGAACAGACACCGUGUUUACUCCUACAGUCUACAGUGGACUCAAAUGAAUCCUGAUGCAGUAGAUCGGAUCGUUGCAUACCGGUUGGGUAUUAGGCAGGCUGGACAGCAGCGAUGGUGGGAACAGGAGAUUAAAAUAAAUGGGAAUAUUCAAAAGGGAGAAUUAAUUACAUAUAACUUGACUGAGCUAAUUAAACCAGAGGCUUAUGAAGUCCGACUGACUCCUCUCACCAAAUUUGGAGAAGGAGAUUCAACAAUUCGUGUCAUCAAAUAUAGUGCUCCUGUUAAUCCUCAUUUGAGAGAAUUUCACUGUGGAUUUGAAGAUGGUAACAUUUGUUUGUUUACCCAAGAUGAUACAGACAAUUUUGACUGGACAAAGCAAAGUACUGCAACAAGAAAUACAAAAUAUACUCCAAACACUGGACCUAACGCUGAUCGUAGUGGCUCCAAAGAAGGUUUUUAUAUGUACAUUGAGACAUCUAGACCCAGAUUGGAAGGAGAAAAGGCUCGACUUCUCAGCCCUGUUUUCAGCAUAGCUCCCAAAAACCCUUACGGACCCACGAACACUGCAUAUUGUUUCAGCUUCUUUUAUCACAUGUAUGGACAACAUAUAGGUGUUUUAAAUGUUUAUCUACGUUUGAAAGGGCAGACAACGAUAGAGAAUCCACUGUGGUCUUCAAGUGGGAAUAAAGGACAACGAUGGAAUGAGGCACAUGUUAAUAUAUAUCCAAUUACUUCAUUUCAGCUCAUUUUUGAAGGUAUUCGAGGUCCUGGCAUAGAAGGUGACAUUGCCAUUGAUGAUGUAUCAAUUGCAGAAGGAGAAUGUGCAAAACAAGACUUAACGACUAAGAAUUCCGUUGAUGGUGCUGUUGGAAUUUUAGUACAUAUAUGGCUUUUUCCAGUUAUCGUCCUCAUCUCUAUCUUAAGUCCUCGAAGGUGACCUUACCCUGGCAGAGGCUAUAAAAGAUUCACCAGGCACUGGCAUGAAGAAAGAGUCUUUGUAAAUGGACAUUGAAAAAACAAACUACCAAAGAUUCCUCCACUGACUACUGACUCAAAAUAAAAUAAUAAAAACAAAUUUUUUAAGCACUGGGGAUAAAAAGACAUCAUGGAAAUAUAACUUAUUCCACACUACAAAUAAAAGAAAAUCUUGACCUGAGUAGAGAAGAGACCUUCAGGUGCUUUUGUGGCUAAAAAGAUUACAGCGUCAUCUGGUCAUCUGGUUGAACUCGAAAAAAAAAAAAAAAAAAAAAAAGCUAUAGAAAUCCUUGUCAAAGCACAAAGUCAUGGCUGGUUUUGUUUCAAAUGAAUAGUUUGCUUGUUACCAUGGAAACCUAAUGGCCUGCCAACAAAAACCUCACUGUAAACAGGGUACGUGAAGAGCUGGCAUUUAUUUUCCUUUUGAGAAGGUUUUGCAUAAAGAAUUAAAUAAAUGUAGGCCCUUUUACCUUUGAUUGUUACCAUUCCUUGAAAAUAACCCGAAAUCAGAAUUAUUUACAACCUUCUUCUUCCUCCCCACCUUAUCCCCAUCCCACCUUUAUUAUUAUUAUUUGUUUUCCUCCCAUGGCUAAGCUAGAUAACUGUAUGCUGUCUCUUUUUGCAUGCACUACUAUCCAGGAUGGUAAACCUGGGCUUACAUAUUACACAGGCUUAUCGGAGUUUGCUUGCGGCCACUUGAACACCCAAGCUAAGUCAUCUGUUCCAACGAAGAAACCAAACCAUCAUCUUUUAUAAAUUGCCAUGGAAACCAAGUGCCUUCAAUGAAACAAGCCUGAAUAAUUUUCAACUCAGAAGUUUGCACUGCUAAGAGUGGUUUGUGUAAAACUGUUUUAUAAACAAACUACAGAGCCUAAAUGUGCAAAUUAUAGGCAAGACAACAAAGCCGCUUCUGAAGAAGAAAGGACCGAAGCUGCUGCGUAAGCCCAUGCAGACAAGAUAUUUGUUGUUUGACCUCCUAGACAGCCAUGGCCUUUCGGCUUAUUGCCCAUUAGAAAAUAACUUCCAUUGAGGCCAGACAUGGGAGCAACACUUUUUUCUUCCAGGUUAUUAAAUGGGUCAACCAGAGCAAAAGGUUGUUAAGAUAAUACUUAGCGCAGAAGGUGGUAAAACAGGAGUGAUUUUUUACUCUAACCUCCAUUUGAAAUGAAAUUGGCCCUAGCUUUAGAGGGAACAAGAAAAUGUUUGUGAUUGCAGUACAUACAAACUCUACAGUGGAACUGGGCCUGAAAAAAUCUGGCUUUAUUCUAGACACUGAGGGUAAUAUGCCUCUGCCCUUUAGUUGACUUUGUGAAAAUUGUGAAAUAUUAUUUUAUUAUUUUACCAAGAUUAAAAAACACUUUUACAAAAAAACAAAAACCUGUAAAAAUGAUUUUGAGCUACCUGAGGACAAAUCAUACCUUUAACCAGCCAGUUUUCCAAUGCAUUGUAAAUUUCACUUAAACCUGUUGGUUAUGAAAAUUUGAAGAUCUUUUUCCUUAAAUUAUCUCAGCUUUUAACUUCAUUUAAAAAGACUUUUGUCUAAAGAAGAAUAUUAUUAUUAUUAUAUGUUCUUUCAACA